AUAUAUUAAAAAAUUAUGGGCGAUCAUAAAAUAAUUGAUUCAGAUCAUAAUCAUUGGCCUCAUCAUCCAUUACCAUCUUUAACAUUACGAUUAUCAUCAAUAUCGAAAUGGUCAUUAUUUUGGCCAUCAAAUAAUAAUGAUCAUCAUAAUAAUAAUAAACGGUGCCAAUUGAUUAAAUCAACAACAACAACAACAACAAAUACAACCUUAUUAAAUCAAAAUUGUGAUCAAAAUCUUAUUCACAUUCGACAUCGACAUAGACGGAAAAAUUUAUUUUUAUCAUCAAAUUUUAUUAUAAAUAAUAAUAGUAAUAAUUGUUCAUUUAUUCAUUGUUUUACUUCAUUAUCAUUAUUGAAAUUUUUUCAAUCAUCGUGCCUUGCAUCGAUAAUGUUAUUAUUUAUUUGUUUAUCGUUGAUCAUAACAACAACAUUAUCAUUGGAUCAUCAUGGUACAUCAUCUUCGUCUUCUUCGACGGCUACGGCAUCUUCAUCAUCAUCAUCAUCAUCAUCAUCAUCACAAUCGAUGACAAGCUUAACAAAUCAUUCAUCAAUCAGUAGUCAAGAUCUCUAUACUAGCCAAUCACAGAUAAUAUCAAUCUAUACUACCGGUAAUCAUUCAAUUAAUAUAACACAUUUAGCUAUGGAUCAUGCUGCCAAUCUAUAUGCCGGUGGUACAAAUUGGUUAUUUCAAUUAAAUUCAUCAUUAACUGUUAUGGAAUCAGUUCGUACUGGACCAAUUCCUGAUUCACCAUUGUGUUCACCAACUGAUUGUUCAGGUGUUGAUGAAUCAAGCAUACAAUUACGAAAUAAUAUCAACAAAGUUCUAGUCGUUGAUGAGCAUAGUAAUUCAUUAUUAGUAUGUGGUACAGUACAUCAAGGAGCUUGCCGUAAACAUCGUCUUGGUGCUAUAAUACAAUCGGAUGAGCUUAUACCAUUACCUGUAGCGGCUAAUGAUGAAAAUUCUUCUACACUUGCCUUUGUUGGACCAUCUCGUUAUAAUGGAAAUAUUAUUCAACCGGUUCUUUAUGUUGCCGUAACUGAUUCACGUUUAGGACCAUAUCGUGAUAUGGUACCGGCUAUUUCAUCACGUUCAUUAGAAUCCGGUCAAAGAUAUUUAUCGAUUAUUGAAAAAUCAUUCACCGAUACGGCCAAAGUUGAUAUUGAAAUUCAUAUGAAAGAUUAUUUUCUUGUCAACUAUAUUUAUGGAUUUUCUACACCAGAUUUUGUUUAUUUUGCUACCGUACAGAAACGAUCACAUCUUCGUGCAUUAGAAGAAUGGGGUUUUCAUUCACGUUUAGCACGUGUAUGUCAAUCUGAUCCAACAUAUAAUACUUAUGCUGAAGUUACUGUUGAAUGUAUUGGUGCAGAUGGUCAACAAUAUUCAUUGUUACAGGAUGCUGCACUUAUUGAAGCUGGUGAUGAAUUAGCACAUUCAUUACGAGUAAAACCAAGAUCUAAAUUGUUUGUUGGUGCAUUUUCAGCCGCUAUUGAACAUACUAGUACACCGGAUACUAGAUCAGCAAUCUGUAUAUAUACAUUACAAGAAAUUGAACAAAAAUUUGCCCAAAAUAUUCAUAUGUGUUAUAAUGGUUCGAUUACUACACGUAAUAUGGAUUAUAUUGCCGGUAAUAUACCUAAUUGUCCUGCUAAGCGUAUUAAUAAUAUAAUAUCAUUCUGUUCGGAAACAUUAAAAAUCAAUGGAAGUUUACCAAUUGUUCGUAUGGCUGCUGCAACAUUUUCACAACAUACACUUACAUCGAUAUUAGGACAGGUAACAACCGGUUCCGUUUAUAAUGUUUUGUUUGUUGGUACACAUGAUGGCCUUCUUAAAAAGCUACUUAUUUCGGGUCCUGAUUUAGCCGAAGAAUUUGAUCAAGUUAAUAUUGAUUCUGGUCAUAGAAUUUUACCCGAUAUGAUUAUGGAUAAUAGUGGAAAAUAUUUAUUUGUUGCCUCUCCAUAUGUGAUUGCCAAAGUUGCCAUUGAACAUUGUCCACAUUAUGGUAAUUGUCGUUCGUGUUUAAAUUCCCGAAAUCCAUAUUGUGGUUGGUGUUCAUUACAGAAAAGCUGUACAUUACGUUCAAAUUGUUUAGAUACCAGAACAUCAGUAUCAUCACGUUGGUUAUCAGUAGAUUCAUCUAAAUGUAUAGAAUUUCAAUCAAUUUAUCCAGAAUUUUUACCAAUAAAUUCAUUGGAUAAAGUUAAAUUGAUUAUCAAUCAAUUGCCACGUUUACCGGCAAAUGUUAGCUAUCAAUGUGUAUUUGGAUCAAACGAACCGAUUCAAGCUGAAUCAAUGCCCAAUGGUCUCAUUUGUCAAUCUCCACCAGUAUCAUUACGACCACGAUUACCUGAACAACAGGAUUUUGUUUCAAUCGAUCUAGCCAUACGACCUUCCGAUACGCGAACAGAUUUUCUUCAACGAAAAUUUAUUUUCUAUGAUUGUAAUUUUUAUAAAACUUGCACUGGAUGUGUUCAAAGUCGUUGGUCAUGUCAAUGGUGUUUCAAAGAGAAUCGUUGCGUAUCAUCAGGCUAUCUAUGUGGAAGAAAUUUUCAAUCAAAUGGCAAUUAUUCUAGCCGUGUGUCUAAAUCUACUUAUCGUUUACAACAACAACAACAACAAUCAAAUGUUGUACGUCAUCGUAAUGAAUGUCCUAGUUUUAAUUUUACAACAAAACAAAUGAUGGAUAUAAUAUUGCCGAAUGGUGUAGCACGUGAAAUAUCAUUACCUGUACAGAAUUUAGCAUUUGAAAAUGUUAUGUUUGGCUGUUUGAUUCAAAUUGAAAAUAUUCAAAGUUAUGUUUCAGCUCGUAUUAGUAAUGGUCAUAUUGUAUGUGCAUCAACUAAAUUUUCAUAUGAUAAUGAUAAUGCUACAUCAAUUGCAACCGUAACGGCCGUUUGGAAUAAAGUUCAAUUUAUUGAUCGUAUUAAUAUUACAUUAUAUAAAUGUCAAUAUCUUGGUAGCCAUAAUGAUCGUGCCGAUUGUUCAAUAUGUUUAAAUUUAGAUCGAAUAUAUGAUUGUGCUUGGUGUGGUUCACAAUGUUCACAUGUUGAACAAUGUAAUGAACAACGAUCAAUGAUUUGUCCACCACCACGUAUAGAUCUUAUACAUCCAUUAUCUGGACCAGUUCAAGGUGGUACAGUAGUUACUGUUGAAGGUAGUAAUCUUGGUGUUAAUAUUGAUGAAAUUCGUGACAAAAUUCUUAUCGGUGGUUAUCCUUGUCAUGUGGAAAAUUUUACCAUAUCAGUUCAAUUUACCUGUAUUACUCAACCAGUACAAACACAUUUUUGGGCCGAUGUUGUUGUUGGUAAUCGUGCCGGUUUUACAACGGCUCGUGAUAAAUUUCUUUAUGCCGUUCCUGAAGUAUUGGCUGCAUCACCAAAUAGUGGUCCACAAUCCGGUGGUACGCGUAUCUAUAUAACGGGAAAUAAUCUUAGUAUUGGUACAUCAUUAGAAGUUUAUCUGGAUGAAUAUCCAUGUAUUGUGGAUAAAAUGCUUGUUUCAUCAACACAGAUUAGUUGCCGUACAACGGCAAGUAAAUAUGCUAGUUAUGAAGUUGAUAAACUUUAUAUCAAAAUCGAUAAUGCAACACUUACUUUACCUAGUCGAUUUCGUUAUGUACCUGAUCCAACAAUUAUGCGUAUCUAUCCACUUAAAAGUUAUGUAUCUGGUGGUCGUUCAGUAACCGUUAUCGGUACAAAUUUUGAUGUAAUUCAACAACCUCGUCUUGCUAUAUUCAGUGUAGAUGGUUUAUUUAUCAAUGAUACUGUAUGUGAAGUUGUAUCAUCAUCACAAAUGAUAUGUCCUUCACCACCAGUCAAUGCUGAACUUGUUGAUAUUAUCUAUAGAGAACAGAUUGAUUCACAAUCAUUACGGUCGGCACCAUCAUCAUCAUCAUCAUCAUCAUCAUUUACUGGUAAUAUAAAUGAUCAUUUAUCAACAUUUGAAAAAAUUAGUUUCCGUAUUGGAUUUAUUAUGGAUUGGGUGAUGAGUGUUCGUGAUUUAUCAGUCAAUUAUUCUACUAUUCAUUCAGAUCUAAUUUAUGUACCAGAUCCAAAAGCAUUUUCAUUCGAAGAAGGUAUCAAAGAUUAUAAAGGAGAUUCAUUAGUAAUUGAAGGUGAAAAUUUACGAUUAGCAACAAGUGAAUCAGAAAUCAAUGUUACAAUUGGUAAUCGACCAUGUAAUCUAACAUCAUUAGCACCAAAUCAAAUUGUUUGUAUACCACCGGAAACACAACCCGAACCUACAGAUGAAUUUGGUCGUCGUACAGCUAUUUAUUUACCAUUAGUUGUUGUACGAAUUGGAAAUAAUUUACGUUAUGAAAUUGGUUAUCUUCGUUAUGAUUCAGCAAAAGGUUAUGAAUUAUCAUUGGUUACAAUCGGUUUGAUUGUUAUAUUUUCAUUAGUAUUGAUCGUAUUUGUAUUAGUAUCAUUUGUAUUUAUGAGACAUAAAUCAUUAUUAGCUGAACGUGAAUAUAAACGAAUACAAAUGCAAAUGGAUACAUUAGAAAAUAGUGUACGGUCUGAAUGUAAACAAGCAUUUGCCGAAUUACAAACUGAUAUGACCGAUUUAAGUAAUGAUCUUGAAAAUUGUGGUGUACCAAUAUUGGAAUAUCGUAAUUAUGUAAUGAAAGUAUUUUUUCCGGGUGUUGAUGAUCAUCCAUUAUUUCAACCACGACCACGUCAAUCAAAUGGAUCAAAUAUUACAUGUGCAUAUAAUAUCUAUGAAUUAGCAAUGGCACAAUUUGAACAAUUAAUUUAUAAUAAAUCAUUUUUGAUUUGUUUCCUAAAUACAUUGGAAAAUUCACCAUCAUUCAAUAUUCGUGAUCGUGUAAAUGUUGCAUCAUUAUUGAUGGUCAUACUAAUGGAACGUAUGGAAUAUGCAACCGAUGUUUUACGUACAUUAUUAUUACAAUUAGUUGAAAAAUCUGUUACAUCAAAAUAUCCACAAUUAAUGUUACGUCGUACUGAAUCUGUUGUGGAAAAAAUGCUUACAAAUUGGUUAGCAUUAACUAUGUAUGAUUAUAUGAAAAAUUAUGCUGGUUCACAAUUGUUUAUGUUAUUUUCGGCAAUUAAACAUCAAAUUGAAAAAGGACCAAUCGAUGUUAUAACACAUGAUGCUAGAUAUUCAUUAUCUGAAGAACGUUUAUUACGUGAACAUUAUAGUAAUUAUGAACAAUUAAUUUUACAAGUAUUUCAGCCGGAAAAACCAUUAGAUAAAUAUCAUAUACGUGUAAAUGACUGUGAUACAAUAAAUCAGGUGAAAACGAAAAUAUUGGAUAUUAUUUAUAAAAAUACACCAUUUUCAAUGCGUUUAUCUAUACAUGAAUUUGAUCUUGAAUGGCGUGAUCAAUGUGGUAAUCAUAUAUUAUUACAUGAUAUUGAUUCAACAUCAAAACGUGAACAUCAUGGUGCUUGUUGGCAACGAUUAAAUACAUUAAAACAUUAUAAUGUUAAAAAUAUGUCAUUAGUUAUGUUAAUAACUAAAAAUUCAAUGCUUAAACAUCAAACAGCAACAUUAUAUAUGACAAAUAAAAAAUCAGCAAUAUAUCCAUUAUUGGCUAGUUCACCAAUUAGUUGUCAAACAUUAAAUGGUUUUUCUACCGAUGUUGAUAAUGAUCGUUUUUGGCAUCUAGUUAAACCAUCAUUUGAUGAUAUGAGUAAAGAAUCAUCUAGUUCAUCAUCUGGUUCAGUAUUAAUGCAUAAAGCAAUACCGGAAAUAUUUCUUACUAGACUUUUAUCAACCAAAGGAACUAUACAAAAAUUUAUUGAUGAUUUUUUUCAUACUAUUCUUGUUGUCAAUGAUGCUUUACCUGUAUCAAUCAAAUGGAUAUUCGAUCUAUUGGACGAAGCUGCAAUUAUGUACAAUAUAAUCGAUCCUGAUGUAGUACAUGCAUGGAAAUCUAAUUGUUUACCAUUAAGAUUUUGGGUAAAUUUUAUUAAAAAUCCAAAUUUUAUAGUGGAUGUAAACAAAACACCAACAAUCGAUUCAAAUCUAAGUGUAAUUGCACAAACAUUAAUGGAUUCAUGUUCAUCAUCUGAUCAUCGUUUGGGCAAAGAUUCACCAUCAAGUAAAUUAUUAUUUGCUAAAGAUAUUGUUAAUUAUCGUCGUUUGGUAAUGCAAUUCUAUCAAGAUGUUUAUCAUUUACCACCAGUUAGUGAACAAACAUUAUUUUCACAUAUGCAAAAUUUAAAUAUGGCACACGUUGGUCAAUUUGAUACUGUUUGUGCGUUAAAAGAGCUAUUUGUUUAUGCUGUUAAAUAUCAUGCCGAUAUAAUGAAUAAUUUACAGCAAAGUGAUUAUCUAACCAAACAACAAUCUUUGGAUAAAUUUAUUAAUCUUAUUAAUUAUAAAUUCUGA